AGCGUUUUUGGCCGGCGGGUCCCCGGGGUGCCGGCCGUCCCGCAGCGGCCGUCUCCUGGGGGGGAUGGCCUGCCGCGCGGGGCCUCGCGAGGCCUCCCGCCUCGCGGAGCGGCCUGGGGAAGAGGCCGCAGAGGCCCAGCGGCCGCAGCAGGCUCGGCGUCGUCGGCGCUCGAGCCUGGCGCGGCUCCUGGAGGCGAGGCGGGGCACGGCCCAGGGGGAGGCGGAGUGCCUCGAGGCCUUCCUCGCCGACAGCGUAGACUCGAUCCUCAGGUCUGAGCACGCCCUGUCGGAGCGGCGGAGGCCAACUGCAGAGGAUGUUACGCGCCUGAUGGCUCCCAGGCGCCGCGCCGAGCUCGUGGCCUGGCUGACGCAG